AUGGACUUGCCUGCAGUCAAAACCAACCUAAUCGAAGUCGCUAAAACCAGCAUCAACUCAAUUCUCAAAUUAGAUAUCUACAGGACUGCUAGUGCAGCGCUUCCAACAAAUCGCCAAGUCUGCACCGGCGUGAACGUCUUCCACUUCGCUGGCGGGCCAUGUGCUGAGCUUGUGAUUCUUGGAGUAGCCGCCGGAGCCGGGAUUCCCCGUCUAUCACAUCUUGUUAUCGUGGGAGAAGACAGCCAAGGAUUAUUCUCAAUCCCCGCGGUCGAUGUCGAUAGGUGCUGUACGAUCUGCAUCCUGGGAUUCGAGUGA